AGACAGCGAAAAGAGAGGAAAGGGAGAGAGAAGGUGUGCUAUUUGAGAGUGUGAGAAGGGGCAAGAGGAGUGUUCGUCCAAGCGUCAGGAGAGAGCGGACCCCUCUUGAGAGUUCUACUGACACCCCUUCCUCCGGCAUGGCGAACAUCACAUCUGCCCUAUGGCAGGCCAUGCUGGAUACAGCGGACGAGAGUCAGAAACCAUUCUUUCAAAAACUGUAUGAUGAUGCCGUGCAGAGAGAAAGGGAGGCAGCGGCAGCAGCUAGAGCCGCCGACAUUGUUGAUCAGGUGGCUCUCCUCCGGAUCCCGGAAGCUAAUGCUGACCGGUUCCGGGAGGAACUAGCUGCUGUUGUAGCAGCCUUGGUCCGACUGCGGACCUUGGAAGACUUUGAGUCUCGUAUGACAGCACUUGAGCAACGGAACGAAGAGCUGCCGGCUAAGGUAAUUAGCCUUGAACAGUCCCAGUUGUCUGCUUCCCGCCCUCCUAACCCUCGAUCUGCUGUAAUCCCAGCCUCUCAGCCCAACACAACCCUCGUUCCAAGGGCCAGCGGAACUGCGGUAAGUGCAGGAACCGGAGCAAGCUCCUCAAGCGGCAGCACCGAUAGUUCUGCACUGAUCGCWGUCCCAAAUGCAGGGACUUCAGCCCAAAACGCCACAGUCCUUACUGRCGUUCAGUACAGCGGUCCCAUGGUGGACAAGCGGGCGGCCACGCUGCCGUCCAAGUACGACAGGAAGGCUGACAUCACCUCUUGGAUUAUCAAGCACAAAAUCGAGAUAAUAGAGGGAAGUGUUCCUCCAAAGGGUUGCGUCUACCGUAUGGGACAAGGCGAGUUGGAGGAGCUGCGGAGACAAAUUGAUGAGAUGAUUGAUCGUGGAUGGAUUAGGCCUAGCAAGUCUGCGUUCGGCGCACCUGUUUUGUUUGUGCCGAAGAAAGAAGGCAAACUUCGGAUGUGCAUUGAUUAUCGUGGUUUGAACCGAAUCACAAGGAAGAAUACCUACCCUUUGCCUCGUAUAGAUGAUCUGUUGGAUGCGGCCGGUGGAUGCAAAGUCUUCUCCAAGAUCGACCUCAAAUCUGGCUACCACCAGAUUGAAGUUGAUCCGAGCGACCAGCACAAAACUGCGUUCAAGACACGUGAUGGGUUGUACGAAUUCAUCGUUAUGCCCUUCGGCCUUACGAACGCACCAGCCACAUUUCAGUCCCUCAUGGACAAGGUACUCCGCCACCAACUUAACAGGUUUGUGGUUGUGUAUCUUGAUGACAUUCUGAUUUUCAGCAAGUCCAUGGAGGAGCACGUCAAGCAUCUCGAGGAGGUCUUUCAAGUCCUCAAAGACGCUCAACUGCACCUCAACUUGGAGAAAUCUAAGUUUGGCAGGGACAGCGUUGUCUACCUUGGGCACCGGUUGUCUGCAAGCAGUCUUGAGCCGGAGGCAACCAAGGUUGAGGUCAUCCGCAACUGGCCUCAACCGGCGAAUGUACGCGAGCUGCGUUCUUUUCUUGGUUUGGCUUCUUACUACCGGAAGUUUGUGCCUAAGUUCUCUGUCAUUGCUCACCUACUUUCACGCCUGACUAGUAAGAAUGUUGCCUAUGCGUGGUGUGAAAAGUGUGAGACUGCGUUCCAAGCCUUGAAAGAGGCUUUGGUGAGUCAUCUUGUGCUCCGCAUUGCGGAUCCCAACCUCACGUUCGUAGUCACUACGGACGCGAGCCAGUUUGGGAUUGGUGCAGUGCUGCAACAAGAUGAUGGCGAUGAUCAGAACACGUGGGACAAGGAAUUGCACAAAGUGAAAGGGCUGUACAACAACUCCAUUCACUCUGCGACUGGUGUAACACCAAACCAUUUGCAGUAUGGAUGGCUGAUGCGUAAUCCCCUCUUCUAUCUGUUCCCUGAACGGUCACCUGGGCUGAUGCCCGGCAUGCCUGGCUACAAUGCCAAGUACGCACGCUUGCUCAAAGCUGCUACAGCAGCUAUGAACAAGCGCCAGCAUGCCAUGAUCAAACAUGCCAAUAAGCAGCGCAAAGAAGUAGGGGAUUAUGUUUGGGUCAAAAUGUCUGAGUUUUCUGAUGAAGAGGGCAUAUCACGGAAGCUUCUUCCACUGUACUACAGCCCUUGGCAGAUUCUGAAGGUAGUCGGGGAUGAUUUCGGUCCUUCGUAUGUGAUUGACGUGCCUCCUCAYCUGCGCACGUAUCCAGUCUUCCAUGCCUCCAAACUGUUCCCACACAUUGAUGAUGAGACUUUUCCCUUCCGUGAUCCUAUGAUACCUCGCCCUAUUGACGGCGGCCAUGAGAUUGACAGAAUCGUUUCUCACGAGAGGAGAGGAAGGAACAGACAGUACAAAGUUCAUUUCCUCUACCACCCGCUGAACGAAUUCUUCUGGAUCGACUGGAAAGAACUGAUAAAGAGUGCUCCACGUGUUGUGAACGCAUACGAACGACAAAUUGUUGACGGACAGACCACUAAGUUUGCUGCAAAACUCACUCCGUUCGGACUCACUAACACUCUCUUUUUGAUUUAUGCCUAUGACGCCUUCUGUGCCGACGCUGACUGAGUUACUCGCUCGAAGGGACCUUGCUCUCGAGAGGGGAGUAAUGUAAUGACCUGCCCAAAACACAGACUGAGAACACUGCUGAUUUCUGGGAUUUGCCAAUGGAAUGAAUGCCUUGCUGUGAU